AUGUCGAAGUCUGUAAUAAUUUCUUUGGCAACAACAGGAACAAUCUUGUUCUCACUUUCAGUUAUUCUUCUUGUUCGGAUGCUUUACAAGAAGCUCAGACAAAGGCAGAAGGGAAUGGUGGAAUCUUCAACUAGCGAGGAGCAAUAUGAACGAAUCUCAUAUAAUGCAUUAUUUGGAGGAACUAAUGGAUCUUCAGAUGCAAACUUGCUUGGGAGAGGAAGUUAUGGUGUGGUUUAUAAGUGUGUUUUGGACUCGGAAGAAAGAACAUUGGCUGUCAAGGUGUUCAAUCUUGGUCCAUCUAGGUAUUCCAAGAGUUUUGAGGCUGAAUGUGAGGCCAUGAGAAGGAUACGACACCGUUGUCUCAUCAAGAUCAUUACUUCUUGUUCGAGUGUCAACCACCAAGGUCAGGAGUUCAAGGCAUUGGUUUUUGAGUUCAUGCCCAAUGGUAACUUGGAUGGUUGGCUUCAUCCAAAAUCUCAAGAGCCCACUGCAAACAACACGCUCAGCCUUGCCCAGAGGCUUGAUAUUGCUGUCGAUAUCAUGGAUGCGGUAGAAUAUCUGCACAACUACUGUCAACCAUUAGUAAUCCAUUGUGAUCUUAAGCCAAGCAACAUUCUUCUAACUGAAGACAUGAGCGCCCGAAUUGGAGACUUUGGCAUAUCAAGUAUUCUUCAAGAAAAUACAAGCAAGGGGAUGCAAACUUCAUAUGGCUCAACUGGAAUUAGAGGUUCCAUAGGCUAUGUUGCUCCAGAGUACGGAGAAGGCUCUGCGGUCUCAACAUAUGGUGAUAUUUAUAGCCUUGGCAUAUUGCUACUUGAGAUGUUUACGGGAAGGAGCCCAACAGGAGGCACGUUUAGAGAUUCACUAGAUCUACAUAAGUUUGUCGAGGAUGCUCUUCCAAAUAGGACCCUGGCGAUAGCUGACCCAACAAUGUGGCUGCACAACGGACAAGAGGAUAACACUACAAGUAUUAGAAUCCAAGAGUGCUUGAUUUCAGUCUUGAGGCUUGGCAUAUCCUGCUCGAAGCAACAACCUCGAGACCGAGCACUGGGGAGAGAUGCAGCGGCAGACAUGCACGCAAUCAGAGAUGAGUACCUUGUGUUUGCUGCUAAUCAUACAGGGGGGCAUGGAGCAAAAGAGGUGCCUCGGCUCGAGACAUUCGAUCUGGAAUGA